AUGUAUCUCCCAACCGUUCGGAUUCACAGGGACGAGUUGGUGAUCCACGCAGGGACAUACGCUGGGGCACUUCUAGUGGAUGGACUUGGAGAUGGUGUAAUGCUAGAAGCACCUGAUCAAGACUUCGAGUUUCUUAGGAACACUUCUUUCAACUUGUUACAAGGCUGCAGGAUGCGUAACACCAAGACGGAAUACGUAUCGUGCCCGUCUUGUGGAAGAACUCUGUUCGACUUGCAAGAAAUCAGCGCUGAGAUCAGAGAAAAGACUUCGCAUUUGCCUGGCGUUUCGAUUGCAAUAAUGGGUUGCAUUGUGAAUGGACCUGGAGAAAUGGCUGAUGCUGAUUUCGGUUAUGUAGGCGGUUCUCCCGGGAAAAUCGACCUUUACGUUGGAAAGACGGUGGUGAAGCGUGGGAUUGCCAUGUCGGAGGCAACUGAUGCUCUGAUCGGUCUGAUCAAAGAACAUGAUCGUUGGGUCGACCCGCCGUGGCUGAUGAGUAGAUUCAGUGUUAGUGCCAAUGGCAAAGAUGGAUAA